AGCUGUCGUGAAAACUGCGUUACACAUUUACUCAAACGCAAACGUGAAAAUUCCAUCAAAUGCUCACUUUUCCAUUUGCAGAUUCAUUUCACACAACAAACUUUCGUUUUCCACAUUACGCUAACUUAACUCUCAUCAUCAACAACAAUACUUUCUCUCUUGAGUAGUGCCUCUUAGCAGUUGGAAUAUAAAUUUUAGCUGGGAGAGGAUGGAGGAUGACAAGAGAAGGAGAAAAAACAAGAAGAAGAAGAACAAGCAAAACAAGAAUGUGGAUAUUGGGGUUGGAGAAUCAGCUACUAGGGAUCAGAAUGUAGUGCAUAAUGGUAAGGAUGAGCAUGCUAAUCUUUCUGAGACUGCAGCAAAUUUGAUUGAAGAUGGAGAAACAAAUACAAGGGAUCAGAAUCUGGUGGAUAAUGGUAAGGAUGAGCAUGCUAGUUUUUCUGAGGCUGUGGUAAAAUCUAAUGGGGAUGGAGAAACUUCAACCAGGGAUCAUAAUCCGGUGAUUAGCGGUAACGAGCUUUUGGAGACAGCUGAGGAGCAAAGUGUGAGUGUGGAUUGUAAUGGGGAUGUGGAAGUCCCAAACAGUGAUCUGAAUCUGGUGAAAAGUGGGAACGACGAGUACACUCAACCAUUGGAAUCUGCAGAUGGGCAAAGUACUAAUAUGAAUUCGAAUGGACAUCUGCCAAAUGGUGAAGAAUGUGACACAUCAGACGAAACAAUUAGAAAACUAAAAGAAGAAAAUGCUAUGCUCAUUCAGAGAGAGAGCAUAUCAGAAGAGGCCAUUCAGAAAUUAAAAGAAGAAAAUAAUACACACAUUUCUGAUAGGGUCAUGUCAGAAGAGAUAAUCAUGAAGCUGAACGAAGAAAAUAAUAUGCACAUUCAGAAAGAGGCCAUAUCUGAAGAGACAAUUAGAAAGCUGGAAGAACAAAAGGACAUGCAUGCCCAAAAGGAGGUUGCACUAGAAGAGAAUAUCAGAAAAUUGAAAAAAGAACUUGAUAUGCAUAUUCAGAAAGAGGUCAUAUUGGAAGAUACAAUUAGAAAAUUGAAUAAGCACAGCGAUAUUCACAUGCAGGAAGAGGCCACAUCAAAAGAGACAAUAAGUAAAUUGAAAGAAGAAAAUGAAGUGCACGUUCAGAAAGAGACCCUAGCAAGGGAGACAAUUACAAAAUUGAAAGAAGAAAUUGAUAAACACGUUCAUAAAGAGGUUACCUUGGACGAGAUUAUUAAUAAACUACAAACUGAAAAUGAAUUACAGAAACAAAAGCAGACUGAUCUUGAGGUGAGAAUCGCACAAUUGCAGAAUGAGAAUAAUUCCUUACUUCAAAAAGAGGCUGGAUUGGUGGAAAAAACAAAUCUGUUACUGAAUGAAAAGGCUGGAUUGGUGGAUAAAACCAAUAUGUUACUGAAUGAAAAGGAGGGUUUAGAGCAAAAAGUAAAUAUUCUGGAAAGCAAAUUGAGUUCCUUUAAUGAGGAAGAGGCUGGAUUGGUGGGAAAAACCAACUUGUUACUAAAUGAAAAGGAGGGUUUGGAGCAAAAAGUAAAACUUCUGGAGAGGAAUUUGAGUUCCUUUAGUGAGAAAGAGACUGGUCUGGAAAUGAGAAUAGCACAUUUGCAGAGUGAGAUACUUCAAAACGAGACUGGAUAUGUUGAAAAAACCAAUCAGUUGCUGAAUGAAAAAACCAUUUUGAGCCUCAAAGUGGAGAGUUUAGAGCGAAAAAUAAAUCUUCAGGAGAUUGAUUUGAGUUCUUUUGUUGAGGAAGCGAACUCAACUAAAGACGUUAUUUCAAAUCUGAAAGGAAACAUCAGCAUGCUACAAGUGCAGGUGGCAGAGUUGGAGGAGUCCAGGAAUAAUCUUUGGCUAGAAAACCAGCAAUUGAAGGAAAAUGUGUCAGGUCUUCAUUCAACAAUCCAGAAUCUUGAAAACAGCAGCUCUUCUUCCGCUUCACAGGACACAUCUGCAAAGAACCGUGCUUCUGAAAAUGAGGAGGCUUAUAUGUUCAUGGAAAAAUUGAUGGCAGAAAAUGCUGAACUUGUUGAGAAGGUCCACAAGCUAUGUGUUGAGCUGGAGCGACGAGACACUGAAAUUAGACUUUCUGGAGUUACCAAACCUAAAGGGUUGACUGAAUUUGAUAAACCUGCCGGUGUUGCCAUUCCUGAACCUGAAUCAUCUGAGAUUACGUCUAUAUCAGUACCAGAGUCAGAUUCAUUGGAAAAGACUUUGGGGAAUGCUAAUAGAGACUCUAUUCAUACCGAGCACGCCGUUGGGUUAAUUUCAAACUCUUCACCUUUACCUGAUGAUAUCGAAGAAAUUGUUCAAAUUCCACUAGAUGAUAAUGAUGCAAGAGAUCUACAGCUGCAAGAUGCCAAGAAUGUGGAAAGUGAUGAUGAUGUGCCAAUAACAGAUGCUCCUCUUAUUGGUGCUCCAUUUCGUUUGAUAUCAUUUUUUGCUAAGUAUGUUAGUGGUGCUGAUUUGAUCAACCAAAAUUCAUCAAACACCAGUAAUUGAUUUUUAAUAAUGAGUGAAAUAUACAGUGACAUUUUUUUAAUGGCAAUCCAUAACAUAUAGUAACCUCACUUAUAUUAGUUAGAAUACCAAUAUAGGUUGGGCCAAAUUGGGCCAUUUUUAUACCUGUAUGCCAGUUCUUUGAACAUUAGGAAAUAUUGUACCUGGAAGGAGUAUAUAGUUUUACAUCGUGUUGCUUUCAUAGUUGGAAAUGAUAUCUUUUAAAUUUUGCAUCAUGAGUAAGAAUCUAGGGUGCAUUUGGAUAACUUUUUGAAUAAA